UCAACAACGACGACGGCGAAUCUGACCAGGAAUUUCGGUUAUCCAAAAACCAAAACCCGAACCGAAAAUUUAAAAGGAUUUUUUGUCACAGACACACACACCAACCGAUCAUCAUCAUCAGUUACCGAUUAGUUUUUGGAUUGUCAACGUAAUCAUCAACAACCUCGAAAACCAGAAAAGAAGAAACCAGAAAAAGAAUAUGCCUCAUACAGGUCAAGCUGGUAUCAAUCAAUUAGGUGGUAUAUUUGUAAAUGGUCGUCCAUUACCAUUACAUGUUCGUCAUCGUAUUAUUGAAUUAGCAUUAUUAGGUGUUAGACCAUGUGAUAUAUCCAGGCAAUUAUUAGUAUCACAUGGUUGUGUAUCAAAAAUUUUAACCAGAUUUUAUGAAACAGGUGGUAAAAAUAAUAAUCGAUCGGGAUCAAAUUCAAACAACAACAACAACAACAACAAUUCCAACAAUUCAACACCAAAUUUAGUAAAAAGAAUAUUACGUUUACGUAAUGAAAAUCCAGCAUUAUUUGCAUGGGAAAUACGUGAAUUAUUACGUAAAGAAUUACAACAAUCAUCAUCAUCAUCAUCAUCAACAUCAACAACAUUAUCAUCAAAUGAUGACGUAUCAAUCAAUAAUUCUGAUAAUCAUCAUCAUCAAGGGUUAAAUCUUCAAUCAUCAUCAUCAUUACCUGGAACAUCCGCAAAUCAUCAUCAACAACAACCGCAACAAUCAUCAUCAUCGAUGAUCAAUCGAUCGAUUAUAGAUCCGGUGACAAUAAAUUUCCAGCCAUCAACAUCAUCAUCAACAUCGUUAUCGACGAAUGUAAAUUAUUUAAAUAUUUUAAAUUCAUCAUCAUCAUCGACAUCGACAUCAACAUUUGUGCAAUCAUUAUAUCAAUCAUCAUCAUCAUCAACAACAUCUAAUCAUCAUCAUUGGAAUGCAAUUAUUUCACAUUAUCAACAACAACAACAACAACAAUUUCAACAACAACAACAACAACAACAACCAAUAAAUCGAUCAUCAAAACGUAAAUUUAAAACAUAUUUGAUUGAUGAAAUAUUGAAAAAUGAU